GAAAAUAUAUUGUAUAUGUUUAUAUUACUCACAAGUAGUUUCCACAAACUCAAUAGGAAGAUUAAAAUGUAUCUUUGAAUAAACAUCCAGCAUUUAACCAUGCAACACAUGGAUGAUGGACCAUAACUACAACUUUAACCCACUCGAGCCAGCUCUACUUUCACAAUAAAAGCUUUACCAUUAUUCAUGAAAACAACCACCUUCUUUAUUUCCUGCACAAGAAGACACAUUAAUGGCCCAUCCUUUCUGCUAAAAUAUUGAAUACUCCACUAGCUAACACACCGACACACUCUCAGAUAAGCAUUAUUCACACACCUCUCUUCUUCAUUCCUAACUCUCCAUUCCCCUUUUCCAUGGCUGGAAUACCAGUGAAAUUCUUGUUUUUCUUUGUAUCAAUGUGUCUGUCAAUCAACCUAGCACUAUGUGCUAGUAACAUGCGAAACACAAAGAAAACUUACAUCAUCCAAAUGGAUAAACGGGCAAAGCCAGAUGUUUUCAUUGACCAUGUUAAAUGGUAUUCAUCACUAGUAAAAUCUGUACUAGUAAAAUCACUAGAAACUGCAGGAGACGAAGAAGAAAGGAUACUUUACAGCUACCAGACUGCAUUUCAUGGAGUUGCUGCUCAGCUUAGUGAGGAAGAAGUGAAAAGAUUACAAGAACAAUAUGGGGUUUUAGCUGUUUUUCCUGAGAUUAAAUAUGAGUUGCAUACCACUAGAAGUCCUAUGUUUCUUGGCCUCGACCGAGAGGACAGCAACAAGUUGUGGUCUGAUAGAUUUUCGGACCACAAUGUAAUUGUGGGUGUUCUUGAUACUGGAAUUUGGCCAGAAAGUCCAAGUUUUAAUGAUACUGGAAUGACAGAUGUUCCAGCUCACUGGAAAGGCGCAUGUGAAACAGGGCGUGGUUUUGAGAAGCAUCACUGUAGCAAGAAAAUUGUUGGUGCUAGAGUAUUUUACCGGGGGUAUGAAUCAUCUUCUGGUAAAAUAAAUGAAAGGGAUGAGUACAAAUCAGCACGAGAUCAAGAUGGGCAUGGCACUCAUACUGCUGGAACAGUUGCGGGGUCUGUAGUUCGUGGAGCCAAUCUUUUGGGUUAUGCUUAUGGUACUGCCCGAGGAAUGGCCCCCGGUGCGAGGGUUUCAGCUUACAAGGUGUGCUGGGUGGGUGGGUGUUUUAGUUCGGAUAUACUUUCUGCUGUUGAUCAAGCUGUAGCUGAUGGAGUAAAUGUUUUGUCUAUCUCUUUGGGUGGUGGAGUUUCGUCUUAUAAUCGUGACAGUUUGUCAAUUGCUGCUUUUGGGGCCAUGGAGAAAGGGGUGUUUGUUUCAUGCUCAGCAGGAAAUGGUGGGCCUGAUCCCAUUAGUCUUACAAAUGUAUCACCAUGGAUCACUACAGUAGGAGCCAGCACUAUGGACAGGGAUUUUCCAGCUACUGUUAAGCUGGGGACUGGCAAAAUUGUGGCUGGGGCAUCACUUUAUAAAGGUAGGAAGAAUCUUUCAACAGAAAAACAGUAUCCUUUAAUUUAUUUAGGAAAUAAUUCGAGCAGCUCCCUGCCGAGCUCAUUGUGCUUAGCGGGUACCUUAGAUGAUGCCUCGGUUGCUGGGAAGAUUGUGAUAUGUGAUAGGGGAAUUAGUCCUCGAGUUCAGAAGGGGCAAGUAGUAAAAGAUGCUGGAGGAGUAGGAAUGAUUUUGACAAACACUGCAGCUAAUGGUGAAGAGCUGGUUGCAGAUAGUCACCUUCUUCCGGCAGUAGCAGUUGGUGAAAGGGCAGGAAGAGAAAUCAAGCAUUAUGCUUCGGCUCGAAAUGCAACUGCCACUUUGAGAUUUCUGGGAACCAAAUUAGGUAUCAGGCCUUCUCCAGUGGUUGCUGCAUUUUCAUCCAGAGGACCUAACUUCCUCACUCUGGAGAUUCUAAAGCCAGAUAUGGUGGCACCAGGAGUUAAUAUCCUUGCAGCUUGGACUGGUGCUUUGGGUCCUUCUAGUUUGCCUAUCGAUCAACGAAGGACGAAUUUCAACAUAUUGUCUGGAACUUCAAUGUCAUGCCCACAUGUUAGUGGCAUUGCUGCUUUGCUCAAGGCCAGGCAUCCAGAUUGGAGUCCAGCAGCUAUUAAAUCCGCACUCAUGACAACUGCUUAUGUUCAUGAUAACACUUAUAAAUCUCUAAGAGAUGCCUCAUCCGCUACUCCUUCGACCCCAUAUGAUCAUGGUGCAGGACACAUCAAUCCACGGAAAGCUGUUGAUCCUGGUCUGAUUUAUGACAUAGGGGCACAGGAUUACUUCGAGUUCCUGUGUACGCAAGAACUCAGCCCUUCACAGCUAAUGGUUUUUGGGAAGUUCUCAAACAGAACUUGCCACCACUCGCUUGCUAAUCCAGGGGACUUGAACUACCCAGCCAUUUCUGCUGUUUUUCCAGAAGACACAAAAGUUUCAGUGCUGACACUUCACAGAACAGUCACCAAUGUGGGUUCUCCCAUAUCAAAUUACCAUGUUGUAGUCUCAUCAUUCAAAGGUGCAGUCGUGAAGGUUUAUCCUGCGCGUUUGAAUUUCACCAGCAGACACCAGAAACUUUCUUAUAAGGUGACUUUCGAAACGAAAUCUCGUCAAAAAGCACCUGAAUUUGGAUCCCUGAUAUGGAAAGAUGGAACACACAAAGUUAGAAGCCCGAUUGUGAUAACAUGGCUAGCAUCACUAUAGUUCAGUCUGCCAAAUUUCUACUAGCACUUUGUAUGCGGUGGAUAAUAAAAAACAUGUUGCCGCAAUUCCUCUGUGCUUCAGCAGUGUUGUUUUUUCUAGGAAACAUUUUCUUUGUUUAUUGCUUGCUAUAUUGCCAAAUUAAUUGUAGGAACUAUCAUAAUGAUAAAUUUGGCAAUACAAGUGCAGAAAAAGUCAAUUUUCAAUCCAA